AUGGCGACUGCGACGAAUGCGAGUGCGACGGAUGCGACUGCUGGCGACGCUCCAGCGAAAUUCAAGAUCGCGCUGUGCCAGCUUGCGGUGGGUGCUGACAAGGCGCGCAACAUCGCGCACGCGAGGGACAUGAUUGGUCGCGCCGCGGACCAGGGCGCACAGCUGGUGCUGCUGCCGGAAAUGUGGAACUGCCCUUAUUCCAACGACAACUUUCCCACUUACGCGGAGGAAAUUUCCCCGGAAGAUUCCUUCGCCUCCUCUCCCUCCGCUGCGAUGCUCGCUGACGUGGCGGGGCAGCGGGGCGUGACUAUAGUGGGGGGUUCUAUUCCCGAGAGGAGGGAGGGGCGGCUUUACAACACGUGCCUUGUGUUCGGCAGCAAGGGAGAGCUGAAGGGGCGGUUUAGCAAGCUGCACCUAUUUGACAUUGACAUCCCGGGGAAGAUCACAUUCAAGGAGUCUGACACGCUCACUCGUGGCGAGCAGCCAUUGGUCGUCGACACAGACGUGGCACGAGUGGCAGUGGGCAUAUGCUACGACAUUCGCUUCCCUGAGCUCGCAAUGCUCUACGCUGCUCGAGGUGCACAAAUCAUUUGCUACCCCGGUGCUUUCAACAUGACCACUGGACCGCUGCACUGGCAGCUGCUGCAGCAGGCCAGGGCUGUUGACAAUCAGUUGUUUGUUGCCACGUGUUCACCUGCCCGAGAUGACUCAGCGUCGUACCGUGCCUGGGGUCACUCCACCCUGGUUGGACCGUUUGGGGAGAUAGUGGCAACAACAGAGCAUGAGGAGGCGCUGGUGGUGGGGGAGGUGGAUCUGGGGCAGGUUGACACUCGCAGACAAAACAUGCCCAUCAAGGUGCAGCGAAGAGCGGACCUUUACCAACUCAUUGACAAAACUGCCUCCGAGUAG